AAUCAUCGGAUUGAAUCAAACCUGAUCACUUGACUGAUCGGCCUGCAAUGGGACCAGUGCGUAAGAGAGAAGUUCUCUGAGAGACCAUGUCUCGUGAUCGAAGCUCCCGGGAGAAGAACCCCGAUCGUUCCGCAGCGUAUUUGGUCGCUCUCCAAUCACCGGGCCAAGAUGUCAUUGCGAGCUCGGAGCACAGCACACAACACAUGCACAGAUGAACGUUUACAUUGUGGAUCUAACACCGAGUUUGCCGUCGAUGAUCGAUAAUGUGCGUGCGUACUGCUACGUAAACAGCUGAUUAAUUAGCGGCACAGCGUCUCCAGCAUUGACAAUUGUUUCAAUGUGCGUGUAGCAACCAGUGAUCGCACACUGUCAACGCGCACACCGGCAAACCGGUUGCUGACUAAGGCCAGCGCGCACACUGGCAGUACUGGUGAUGCAGCGACCCAAACCAUUGCAUCGCUUACCCGCUAAUGGUGCGAAUGCUGUGACAGCCUAGCAAUCUGCCGGACAGACGGAUCGCAAGCGACGUGUAUCGGGCCUGUUGCUGGUGACACUUUUACAGCUCGUUAAGCUAUACAUUGAGAACGCCUGUUAUCGCGCUGGUUGGAAGAAAGAGUGUUGGCGCGGAGGUACGGUGUGGUGCUAAACGUUGUCGUACUGAUAAGGUGUAAAAACUAUUCCCCGAGCAUGCCGUACAUACUGCCGCCCUUUACCUUACGGUACUGUAUGCUGUGGAAUGUGUACGCUCGGCCAGUGUGCCGCGCUGACAAGAGUUGUGCGCCAGUGCAGGUGCCAGUGUGAAAUCGAUGCCAGGAAAAUAAAGUAUUCCGAGGCAAAAGAUAUUGGUUAUCAAACGAGGUAAAGUGCAAGUAUCCAGCAAUCUUUUUCGGUCUGAAAGAGCACAUUGUGCGCUUGUGUUGGUGCUCAAAAGUACACAGUUUGUGUAUGCCAAUUGCACUGUUUACUCCUUCGUGGCGGUGUAAAACAAACAAAGCGCUAAAAUACGUAUGGUUGAGUGAGACGACAACUCUCCAUCGCAAUGCAAUGGAGAUAGCCAAGGGAUAAGGGCGUUCGGUGUGUCAAAGAGCUGGUUAUAUCAGCAGCAAGAAGAAGUCUCCCCAAAAAGUGUACACGAAAACAUAAGUGGUUGCGUAUGUGUGAGUGUGUAGAUGACGACCUGACGAAUACUCUCAAGGUAUCUACAACGCGUUGAUGGCAAGAAACAUUCUUCGUGUUACGCUACCACUUUGCCGACAGCUUCUAGUUCCUUCUCCUGAACUGACCGUUGCAUCUAACAAGAACUAGAUAAUGGCUACACAACACUGUGUGUAGAAAAGGUUGACUAGUCCACGGUUUUUAAUUGCUGCAAAGACAAAGUGUUGCUGUUUGGUUGUGAUCGAAUGGGAUGGAACUAACCGUGCCUUACACUAGAGAAGCGUGAAAUACUUUUAUAACUCUUUGCUAAAGAAUAUACGUUGGGGUAGGUUUUAAGGGUCAGUAGCAAAGGAAUCAGAGCAUGUUAAAGAUGAUGAAUCGCGCGAAAAAAAAUAAUUAUCAAAGCAGCCAGCGCAGCAAGGACGCCAAGGCGGCCCGAAACGGAGUGGGCGCAAGUGCGAACGUGGGUCCGGCAAAACCAUCUCUGGCGCAAAUGGGACCGCAGCCAGCGGCAAGCGUUCCAGGUCAACCGACGACCCCCAGUGCCAGUGUCAGUGGAGGUGGACGUACGAAAAAAGUGAAACAAACGUCCGCGAACAAAACUGCUGCUGCUUCUGUUGGUGGGACGGCACGGCGAGCACGUGCCACAGCAAAGGAAACGAUGCCGUCGAAGGCUAACGAAUCAAUUCGGUCCGAGUCUAACGCCGACAAUGGCGUUGGAGGCCUGGCCUCGGUGUCGGAGCAGCCGGUCGGACCCAAAAUGGAACGAUCGAAUAGUUUCUUCCUGACGCGAAAGCUCUCAAGCCUGUAUAGCAAGCUGAGCGGAAGCCGUGAAAACGUGUCCACCGCCAACGCGGUCUCGCCCGUAACCGAGGCGCUGCCAUUUCAAUUUGUGCGCAGUCGCAGCAUGUCUUCGAUACAGUUGAAGCGGGCGUACCGGCGCAGCCAGAACGAGUCCACUUUGCAGAAUCUGCACGAGGACGCGAUUUUGGAGCGAUCGGAAAGCACAGAAGAAACGGCAGCAGUUGCGGGUCCGGAAGUGACUACAGCCGUACCGGAAGUAACACCACCACCGAUACCUCGGUUCGAGCGAUCCAACAGCAUUCUUGCUUCGAUAAGACGUAAAAUUAGUUUCCGUUCAGAUAGACGCUCUUCAAAUGUAUCCAACUGGAGUGCAUCGUUGCAAAAUCUACGCCAAGAAGAUUUUAUGAUCAGCUACGAUGAUCUAAGCUUUAUAGAUUACGAUCAGUUCAAUAGUUACGAAACAAAUAUUUUGAAAAGGCGGUCUAGCCGUGUGCUGGAGCCUGGCACCAAAGGAUCAUUCAUGGAGGAUAUAUCUAGCUUAACAAAUUGUGCUAAGAGCGUGCCGACCUCGGAGCAUUUAGAAACAGUCCCAGUUACUGAAGCUACCAACGGUGGUGUCGUUAGACGAAGAAGGAAAAAUGACACUUUACUACGGACGACACUUAUUCGGAAAAGUAUGGAUGUCGAGGGUAACCUCGAUCGUGAUAAGAACGUUUACCGCAAUAGUCUAGAUGCGGAUAAGCUGAUGUGUAUUAGUAACGUGAAUCGAAAAUCGUUUCGUUGGAGUGCGGACGUUGAACGAGAUGUAGUAGCGCUAGAUCUGGAGAGUGCAGAUUUUGCAGAUGCCAAACCUCUAGCAAAAUUGGUUACCGGUAGACAAACCCCGCCCCCUCCAUAUGAUGUUUGUGACAGUGGUAUGAUCGACGGAAGUGAAAGUGUCAAAUUCAGUGCGAUUUGUGAUAGUGCGGGCAACACCGGAAGUAGUGUCGGCUAUGUCAGUCGUAGUGAAAGUUUAAAACGAUGCCGAUCAUAUGGUGGUGAGGGUGGCUUUGCUUUCGAGGAAGGAUUUGGUCGUCCUGCUAAACAGAUAGAGAUGAAAUCUUUGAGCCUUACCCACCUGGAUGAAAUCGAGCGUCAGGCAACGACUCCAACAAUUAUAACAAACGAUCCUCACGUAAGGAAGAGUGAUAAUUCCGAUACGUCUAACACUUCGAUUGCAUCCGCGAGUGGAUCAGCUGGGUAUGGCGGCAACACCGUGUCGGGUGGAUCGUCAACUCACGCCGUAUCCCCGAAAGACGUUUGUCUAACAGUCACCUCGGGCAGUGCGUUGAUUGACAUCAGCAACAGUGAUGGAGGAUGCAUUAAUCCUGCCUACGACAAUGGGGAGGGGUCCCAUCGUUGUAAGGCGGGAAAUAGUUUCACAGUCAGCGAGGUAGACGCUAGAAUCGUUCAAAAACAAAACAGCACAGAAAAAGUUCACGAAUGUCAGAGUUCUGGAACGUGCUGCAUGCUUUCGUCACCUUCCUGCGUAAAGGCUGCGCUGGGCUAUUCGACUAAACUAGGCGGAACCAGCUCAACAUCUUCGCUCAAAAAGAAAUCCUCCUCCUUCCUGCAUCGGGAACGCAAGAAGCCGGUUCUCACUCGCAGCCAAGUUUCAAGUUCCGAGUAUUUCUCUGUUUGCUUUGAGAGCGACCAAAACGAUCCAGGAGUGCUAAUACCGGCUACGAAAGGAGUACGACUUGCUGAAUGUUUGCGUGCCUCACUUUCAAGACGGAGCUUGAGUUUUUCCCAAAUUUAUGUGACCGAUAAUGGAUUUAAUAAUCCGCACGAAACAGGCUUACGGUACACAGAACCACUCGAUGCCAACAUGGACAUCUCGGCUUUGGCAGGCCGUACGCUAAUUGUAUCAGAACGUGAUGGAACGCCUAAUCGGAGGACUGGCGGGCAUCUAACACUGCAAAAGGCAGCUUCAGUGGGCAAUCAACCGUCAAUAAUGUCGUCGAACAGUAAACUCUUUACCUCCACCUCGACCGAUGACAACUAUGACCAAAGCCCUAAAGCAUCGUCAGCUUCCGGAAAGCAAUCGAAACAAAAAUGGACAAUACCAUUCGGAUCGAAGGGACCACAAAAAUCAAAGCUUUGCGAACUGCUGGACAGCUAUAACAAAGAAAUUCCCAAAUCGACGUCUUCCUCCAGCAAUUUCAAUAACCCCGAGUAUGUAGACGCUUUAGUUGGCCUUAGAAACUUACCUCAAUGUUGGACGGAUAUCGUCAAUUGCGCUGGGAUGAGUGAGGCGGAAACAAAAAUUCAAUCCGCCAUCUGGGAGCUGGUGACGACCGAAGUAUACUACAUUCUUGCUUUGCAAACGGUAACAGAUCUAUUUCUCGCUUGUUUAGAAGACAUUCAAUCGCAAAACAUUCUUACUGAUGUGGAUCAAAACAAACUAUUCUCGAACAUACGAGACAUCUGGGAAGCUAACCUACGCUUUUGGACACUGUACCUUCACCCAAUGGUAAAACAUAGUCAGCGAACAAAAGACCCAAUGAGCAUCUAUUACUUCCAAAGGGGCUUUGUCGAUUUCGCAACCAUCUUCACGCCCUACACCAAGUACUGUGCUGAGCAGAGCACCUGCCAAUUCUAUUGCAAAGAGAUGUACCACAAUAAUGCGCUAUUCAUGACCUACUGUGCCUGGUGCGAAUCGCAAAAAAUGUGCAAUAGGUUGCGACUAGCCGACAUUCUGGUACGUCCAAUGCAACGACUAACCAAGUACGGACUGUUGCUGGCGGCUAUCAAGAAACAUAUCAACGAUGAAGCAGAAGGCGAAGCAAUUGAUGCAAUGAUACAUUCUGUAGAAGAGUUCGUCGCUGGAGUAAAUUCUCAUCUAACAACACGACAGGAAAGCGAACGUUUAAAAGGAAUAAAUGCCAGGAUUGACUGUUACGAGGUAGUCGAUUCAAACAACGAAACUCUGGACCGUUUGGUCAAACAGCACAGUAUCAUGUUUGACCUGUGUCAGCCGAUGCGUGGUAUCGACCAUGGGCGAAAGGUGUUUGUGGAAGGUGACUUGAAAUACAAAGAUGGUACUGGAAAGAUGGAUGUUCAUUGCUUCCUCUUUACAGACUUUUUGUUAGUUUGUAAAAAGAAUAAGAACGAUAAACUAAAGAUCGUACGACAACCAUACAUGACGGACCGUUUGAUGGUGCAGCUCAAAGAUCAAGCAAUUUACUGUUGCUAUGUGAAUGAACUAAACAUGGUCGUAGCUGCAUUCACGCUGCAAAGCGCCAAAGCUCAGCAUUGGUACGAUUCAAUAACAAAAGUAAAACAUAUCUACAAUCGUAUGAAACAAGGAACGUUCGGUGAUGUGAGGCAGUAUGGGAACAUUAUCAACAUCAGCAACAGCUGCAACAACUCUACCAGCAAUAGCAACAUGAACAUCAACAAUGAUAAUAUAAGCAUCAAGAAGUCGCCUCUCAACAGCUCAAUCGGCAGCCGUGUGAGCAGUUUGAACAAUAGCCAUAGCGGAUCAGUCGAUCUGAACGAAUCGAAGCAGGUAUCGAUUGAUUUCGAGAAAACCAAUUCUUUGUCUAGCGAUGAAGGUGCAGGUGUGGUCAAUGCGGUAACAGGAAGUGGACUGGUGAUGAUGCAUUCAAAAUACGGAGCCGUCAGCAGCCGCAAACCGAAGAAUACCGUUUGCACUAUGCAAACAAAAUCAUCCAACUCAUUGACCGUUCAACCGUAUAGUGGACUGGGACAGAGCAUGCCAAACUUAAAUCUGAAUUCAAUCCAAAAUAGCAAUACUCUCUCGGUGCCUGGGACAUCCAAUAGUCAAUCUCAUUCUGGAAUGGUACUGCUUUCUCCCAGCCAACGGGGUAUAUCAUAUCCUCCUCCAUCUCCUACUAGGGCAACGCUGCGUCGCGGGUUCGCAUUCUCUACGUCAAUCAAAAACCCACCGUUAAUCAAAACACGCAACGUGUCCUCGCAGCAAAGUUUCGCACUGUCACAACAACAAAGCUUCAACUCGGCUUCACUCGCGCAACACCAGCAGUGUCUGCCAUCGCCAUCUAACACCUCGCACAGCCCUCCUAACAAUUCCGGAACAAAUUCUGCUAUCGAAGGAUGUGCCGUUCCCAGCGGGCUCACGUUGUCUUCGGCGAAUGUAUCGUUUUUCAAGCGUAAAAAUAGCUUCCAAAGUGUACCGAACAACAGCGCCACGAGCAGUGUGGACCAAAGUUUGCCUAACGAAACUUAAGCAAUCCGUGCCGCUUAUUUUAAACGAACCCAGGCAUACUGAAAGGCGAAUUGAUAAGUGCAUCCGUGAACCGCCAUUAUCAACUGGUUCAUUUCUCCCUACCUUAUCUUUGAUGGCUGCUGUUAAAAAGUGCAUCGCCAUGUUGACACUUGAAAGGAAGUUAGUAAAUGAUAACAUUGGCUAGCUACAACAACCUAAAGACGUAUUGAUACCAUUGAACUCAUCCUGUAUAUACACUAGUACCAUUUACAUAGGUGAUUUAUUUGUCCUAUUUGGAUGCGCUCGAUAAAUGCAAUUAAGAAGUGCAUAAAGGAAAUCUAUCUAUAAUGCAUUUUACGCCAAUUGUACUUACCUACAAAGGCUGAAAAUUUGUAUAAUUUUUGUUGUGAAAAGCAGUGGCACACAUCAACAAAAAAAGGCAGAACAAAACAAAGCUGUGAAUUUUAAGGUAAAAUUACAACAGCCACUACCGCGCUUGGCAACGUGCACGAUAGUGGCAACAGUCGUAAUUAAUCCUUUAAAUCGGCCUUUUUUGGCGGAUUUUUUCUACGUUCCCUUUCGAUAUCCUUGGUGCUAACUUUAUGCUUGUUUUUUUAAUUGUGCAAAAUGACGAGUAAUGG